UUGGCUGCACCUUGUAUGACGUAAGAGGUAACUCGGUUCUGAUUGGUCGCUCAGUCACCUUUAGUUCAGUACGAUCCCUCCCCCUUUCUGCCGUUGUACUGGACAACAAGCAACCUACACAAGAUUCAACCAUGGAUCUCGUGCUGAAUGUUGCCGACUACUACGUCCUCAGCCCGUACGUGUACCCUACGUCGUGGGCCGAGGACGGGGCCCUACGGCAGAUCAUCAGCCUGUUGGUGCUGACCAACCUCGGCGCUGCAGUCCUGUACCUGGGCCUGGGAGCCGUCAGUUACUUCUUCGUCUUCGACCACAAUCUGAUGAAACACCCACACUUCCUAGAGAAUCAGGUUCAGAGGGAGAUCAAAUAUGCGAUGACGUCUCUUCCCUGGAUCAGCAUCCCCACAGUGGCUUUGUUUUUCGCUGAAGUUAGAGGAUACAGCAAACUGUACGACAACGUCCAUGAAUCUCCGCUGGGUUGGCCUGGACUCUUCCUCAGUAUGAUCUCCUUCCUGCUCUUCACUGACAUGUGUAUCUACUGGAUUCAUCGGUUCCUACAUCAUAAGCUCAUUUACAAGCUGUUUCACAAACCCCACCACUUGUGGAAGAUCCCGUCUCCCUUCGCCAGCCACGCCUUCCACCCGGUGGACGGCUUCAUGCAGGGACUCCCGUACCACAUCUACCCCUUCUUCUUCCCCCUCCACAAGGUGCUCUACUUGGCCCUGUACGUUUUCGUCAACAUCUGGACCAUCUCUAUCCAUGACGGCGACUACCGCGUCCCCGGCACUCUGACGGGUGCCAUCAACGGCUCGGCCCACCACACCGACCACCACCUCUUCUUCGACUACAACUACGGCCAGUACUUCACCCUGUGGGACCGCCUGGGAGGCUCCUACAAGCACCCGUCGGCUAUGAUGGGGAAGGGUCCACACGACCUCAUCCGAAAGCUUCAAGCUGAGGGAAAGUUAGGAGUGAAGGCUAAAGGGCAAGUGAAUGGACAGGUCACAAGUAAGGAGGAGUAACAGGAGGGGAAGUAACGAUUAAACCCUCAAAGUGAUCACUAUUUUUCUAAAGACAAUGUGCUGCACUCAGCUGGGAAACAUAUCAGAGCGUAAUUUGAGUUCCUGUAUUUGCCAAAUAAGCUGCUGUGAGAUUUUAAAUACUACUUGAUAAGACGAAUGUAAGAUGGUUUCCCCUCGGGUCAACCCUGUCGCCACAAUAAAACGUUGGCGUAAGUUUCUGCAAA